AUGGCGAGCGACGAAUCCACCGAUAAACUAUCUUCUAGAGGCCAACAUCUAGCCAAACCCAGCACAGAGCACGAUGAGACAGUUAUCGCAGAGCCGGGGUUGCUACAACCCGUCUCGUAUGGCUCUGGUGGGCUCCGUAGCCUAAUAACCUCUCCAUACGUCUCGGGGGCAGCUGUCCUCGCCUCCUUGGGUGGGUUCUCGAUGGGCUACGACAUGGGUGUGGUCUCCAUAAUUAACGUGAUGGACCAAUUCCAUAGCAAAUAUCCUUUUGCUAAGACUGAUUUCGGAAAGGAGCUAAUGACGGCAAUGUUGCUUCUGGGAGCCUUUGUCGGCUGCAUCUUCAUGCCGUAUAUGGCAGAUCGGUACUCCCGAAAAUGGGCCCUCACGGUAGUGGUCGUGAUUUUCGACAUUGGAGCCAUUAUCCAGACUGCUGCUCCUAAUUAUGGAGCCCUCGUAGCUGGACGAUUCAUUGGUGGCAUUGGUGUUGGAACGCUAGCAAUGGGUGCACCGCUUUAUAUUUCCGAAAUAUCACCACCAAAUAUUCGCGGCACACUUUUAGUGCUUGAAUCCAUUUCCAUCACCUCGGGCGUUGUCAUCGCAUACUGGAUCACCUUUGGAACUCGAUACCUUGCUACGGAAGUCUCAUUUCGCCUGCCAUUUGGUUUGCAAAUGGUUUCCGCAACUCUUCUGGGGGCUGGUAUUCACUUUUUCCUUAUUCGCCUCGCUGUACGACUCCGAGGACUACCGAGUACCGACGACAGAGUACAAACAGAAUUCCAUGGUAUCAUCGCCGAAAUAAAUUUCCAGAAGCUUGCCCAAGAGAAGAGUCAUCCUGGUGCUAGUGGCUUGAAACUUGAAUUGCUACUAUGGCUGGAUCUCUUUCAGCGUAAACUUUGGAGACGAACCGUCGUUGGGGUCGGGGUGGCUUUCUUCCAACAAUUCUCCGGAAUCAAUGCUUUCAUAUAUUACGCUCCAACAUUGUUCACUUCAUUGGGACAAAGUCCGGAGCAGUCUUUGGUAUUGUCCGGUGUGCUGGAUGUUCUUCAAAUGGUCGCCGCAAUAAUUUGCUUCCUUAUCAUUGAAAAGGUCGGCCGUCGACCACUGGCUAUAUUUGGUGGAUUUGGAACAGCUGUAUUGUAUGCCAUCAUUGCAGCUCUCUCGGGUAUCUACUCGAAGAACUGGGCAGAUCAUCAAAACGCUGGCUGGGCUUGUGUCGCCACGGCAUUCUUGUUCAUUCUAACUUACGGCGUCUCUUACUCCCCUCUUGGAUGGGCGCUGCCAUCUGAAGUUUACUCUACCACCACUCGAUCAAAAGGUGUCGCACUGUCAACUUGUGUGAUCUGGCUCUGUGAUUUCAUUAUUGGAAUUUCGGUCCCUAGUAUGAUGACUAAUAUUAGAUAUGGUACCUAUGUGUUUUUCGCAGUUAUGUGCUUCCUAGCUGGAGUCUGGGCUUUCGUUUUGGUUCCUGAGACCGGUGGGAAAACCCUUGAAGAACUGGAUGAAGUGUUUGGAGAUGCUAGCGGACAAGAAGAAAGGGAUAUUGUUGCAGAAGCGAUGUUGUCAGCUAGGGGAGAAAGUCCCAUCGAAACAAGGGUCUAG